AGCAAACGCGCACUUCUCUUAUGAUUUUGAAAACAACUGAAGUGGGUACCGACCAGAAAGUCAAUUCCCCAGCUGUGUGCUCUUCUUCUUCUUCCAAGCUCACAUGGAGGAUUUCAGAAUUCUCUAAAACUGUCAAUGGACUUUGGUCAGCAAUACCUCGUGAGCACACGACGAGGCAUUUUCUCAUCUGUGCUUUCCAUUUUCUCCUAUCUCCUCAUUUCCUUAUUUGAUUUCUGAAACAGGAGUUGCGGGAGAGCGAGAAUUAAGUUGGGUUAAUCUCAGGGAAGAACAACCCAAAUCCCUCAAGUAGAAAAUGCCUCAAGACAGCCGGAAAUCAGCUGUCUACAGAUCACUAGUCAAAUGCGAUGAUCCAAAAGGAGUUGCUGAGGGUGGGACAAUCAGAAAAUCAAAAACUAGUCAUCAAAAAUUGAAGAACGAGAUGGAGAGCCAAAGAACAUCCAAGAACUUGAACAUCUCUUCAUCAUCACACAAGGAAGAGAGAAUGGAGAUGACUUCCGAAGGGAUCAGAGAAAGAUCACACAACUCAUCAUCUUCCAUUCAACUCAAGGACGUCCCUAAAGGAGCUCAGAAGCUGAAUCAUACUAUCGACUCGUGGUCUAAAGGGCGGCUGAGCUUUGAUGGGCCAACUAAAGAUAUAGCAAAAGAUUUGCUGAGAGGAGCUCUUGAUCUGCAGGAGUCCCUCGUCAUGCUCGGGAAGUUGCAGAAAGCUUCACAGUAUAUGGGUGGGUUGAAGAAAAAGAAAAAGCACAAGUCUGAGAGAGAGAGGCUUGAAGAAGAUGGGAUUGAAUUAGGAAUGGAUUCUAACCAAUUCAGUGACCCAUAUGAGCAAAUGGGAUUUCAGCGGCCACGGCUUUCUGCUGAUGGGUCUUCGAGAAAAUCUUUCGAGGAGAUCAAGAGAGUGGUCAGAGACAGCCUUGCUCGACAAAACCUGUUGUCAGACACUGCCACCGAAGAAAAUGCCUAUUUUGAUCGGAAAAAACUGGACUUAGAUUCAGAAAUUGCCACCUCAAGCACAAGCCAGUCUUCUUCAAUGGGUUGCUCCAACAAUUUCACUUCUACUGAAUGUUCUGUUCCAUCAUUGCCUCCCCUUCCACAGAAGAAGGCUGCAAGAGGCCCAAAUUUGAUUGCCAAGCUUAUGGGUCUAGAAGACAUGCCUACGAAACCAUUGCAGACUGCUCCACAUAAACAAUUGGAGGCAAAGAAUUUUUCAAAUCAGAGGAGACCUUCCUUUGGUAUUGAUAAGUCUACAACAACGAAGCAGAAGAAUGAACCGGAGCGGCAGAUACUGGAGGAUGUAUUCAAAACUGUACAAUUGAAAGAACUUCUGGGAAAUAAUUCUGUUGGAGGGCUUGAACCCAAGUCCCGUCAUUAUAGACACCGGUCCGUUGAUGAUAUCCCGCCUAUAGUGAUUAUGAAACCAAUGAGCUUGCACCAUCCAGAACCUUCGAAACUUCCUGCUUCAAGGAUUAUUGGGGAAGAGGAAUCUCUAGUUGCUAAAGAGGUGCUCAGAAAACUGAGAUUAAAGAGAGCGUUACCAACCAAAACAGUUUGCUGCAAAGAAGGGGACUUAAACCAUGACAGCAGACAUGGUAAGCUGGAAGCAGGAGUGACUCCAAUAGUUAAAAAGCUUGACCAGGAAAAAGGAACUGAAGACUGUAGAGAGGUUCUUGCAAAGCCAGAACACAAACAAGUCGAGGCUAAGGAAAGAGCUUCGACUAAUAAGAUCAAGGUUUCUGUUCCUGUAAGCCUCCAACAGCAGAAGAAAGAUGCCACUGAGAAGAAACCCAAUAAGAUUCAGAAGGCAAGACCCAUUAAUAGAAGGAGAAUCUUGCAGGAGGAUUUGAAACUUAAAAAUGUGCCAAAGACUCAAGAUCAAGCCAAGGCAGCCCCUAGAAAGCCGAGAAAGCCUGAAAAUCAAUCAAUGGAGAUGAACAAUCAGAUACCCAGAAAAGAUUUUACACCAUGUACCAUCUCUAAACAUGCGACCCAAACUAUAUUGCAUGAUUCAAAUGAUCAGAAAAAGAAUCAGAUAAAGAAGGAGCAGCCAACCAGGAAGGCGCCAGUAGCUAAUGCAGUUAUUCAAAACUUAGAGCUCAAAGAUGAUGCCAAAUGGAUCGAUCUUCCAUGUGAAAAUAAUGUUUUGAUUACAACCAACACUACAUCUGCAGAACAACUCUGUGCAAAGGAGCAAUCAGAUGCCGCUAAAAUUAAGAUUGAAGAAAAAUCCGGUAAUGGCCAGAGUCAUCUUUGUGAAGUUACAUCCCUGACCACCCAACAUAAAGGGCGAGAGAAACAGAGAGAAGCAGAGAGGAAGCCCUUCAAUGUCGGAGCCAAUCUGAAAGCUUUUCUUUUGAGCAGUUCAUCAUUCUUCAAUCAUGCGGAGGAGCUAUUUGACCUCAAUGUGAAUCAGCCUAUAAUUUUACAAACAUAUGACUUCAAGACUUUUGAUCCAAGGCUCUCUUUGGACUGCGCAAAUGAACUCAUGGAAAUUAGAAGCCUUCAAGAUUCACAAACAGUCCAUCCUCUCUUACUCACCUGCAGGGGAAAUGUUUCAAGAAUCUGCAUCUCCCUGGACAAGCUCGUGGAGGAAGUUUGUGAUGGGAUUGAGAAUUUGAGAAGCUAUAGUGAGCUUUCUGGUGAAAACCUUCUUGCAGAUAAUCUCCAAACAAUAUUGGAGAGAGAUAUGGGGCGCAAGGGAGUGGGGAGUGGCAUCUGGAGUCUGGGUUGGAGGAGUGGAUUUUCAGUGGAUGAUGCUGAGCGAAUUGUGGUUGACAUAGAAAAGCUAGUUUUAAGUGCCUUGAUCGAGGAGUUUCUUGCAGAUGGAAUGGCUAGUUUUAACUGGUUUGAUUGAUGAGGUCUUGCAGAUUCUUUGCUCUACCAUUUUCUUCCUGAAUCUGGCUUGUUUGGGCAUGCCGGUUUGCUAUUUGCUGUAAAUAUAUCUGCUUUGGUUUUGGUUGGCCUAGGGGUCAAGUUUUUGUUGACCAUGUUCAAGAUUAAGUCACUCAUUAGCUUGAUGAGUAUUUGCUAACUAUGAAAUUAAAUCGCAAAUAUGU